GCGCCGUAUUCCAGUUUUCAUCGAGCGCCAAGGCUGUGCAAUUCAAUCACAGUAAUAAAGUAAUCAACGUGGAAAAAAACGCGAUUAGUGCAAAUAUUAGGAAGUGAUUUAAUAAUCCGUCAUACGAUGUCAGUUGUACCUCCUAAUCGAUCAUCUACCGGUUGGCCUCGAGGAGUAAAUCAGUUCGGCAAUAAAUACAUUACCCAGGCGACUAAACCCCUCACCCUGGAGAGAACAAUCAACCUAUACCCUCUUACAAAUUACACAUUCGGCACCAAGGAGCCGCUCUAUGAGAAGGACAGCUCGGUAGCCGCACGCUUUCAGCGGAUGCGGGAAGAAUUUGAGAAAAUCGGGAUGCGGCGGACUGUGGAGGGUGUUCUGAUCGUGCACGAGCACAGACUCCCUCAUGUUCUGCUACUUCAGCUGGGGACAACCUUCUUCAAACUCCCUGGAGGCGAGUUGAACCCUGGAGAGGAUGAGGUGGAGGGGUUGAAGCGACUAAUGACAGAGAUUUUGGGACGCCAGGAUGGGGUGAAACAGGACUGGGUCAUUGAUGACUGCAUUGGGAACUGGUGGAGACCAAACUUUGAACCACCUCAGUACCCUUAUAUUCCAGCACACAUCACUAAACCUAAAGAACACAAGAAGCUUUUCCUAGUACAGCUGCAAGAAAAAGCAUUGUUUGCCGUGCCAAAGAACUACAAACUGGUGGCUGCUCCGUUGUUUGAGCUUUAUGAUAAUGCUCCUGGUUAUGGCCCAAUUAUAUCCAGUCUUCCACAGCUACUGAGCAGGUUUAACUUCAUCUACAAUUGAGAAGCUGAAAGUUUUGUCAUGAAGCUGUCUCUGUGAGCGCAGCUUGAUGAUGGUUGAAGUGUUUGGCUGACGGCGAGGUCCAUUGAGGUUUCCGGAAUCUCUCAGCUGGCCUGUUUUCAUUACAUUGAUUUGGAUUGCAUAGAAAUGUGUGGAUUAUUGUUUUUCUCAUUUAUAGCUACAUUGCAAGUCCCUGUUAUUGAACUUUGUCAUAAAGUAACUACAUUUUUAUGUUUGACUAAGUGGUGAAUACAGUGUCUUUAGAAAAAAAAAUGUUCCAGUGACUUUUUUUUUUUUUUUUUUAAACCUUGUAUAUUUGUCCGUGCUUUUUAUAAUAAAUGGUUCUCUUGGA